UUUGUCUAUCCAGGUUAUGUAAAUUGGUACAUUUUCAAUAAAAAUUGUAAUAAUUGCUGCCGAAUAAGUUAAAUAAAGCUUGCCAUGGUGUUCCUGAACAUCCCAAUGAUGGUCCGCGCUCGCGGCCCUGAUGAAUUCUGGCGUAAGAGACGCAUUUUCAAGUUGGCCGCGCAUUACCGCAGUCGUACCCGCAAUGUUUACACCUUCGCCAUACGCAGCGUACAUCGCGCCCUCGCCUACGCCACCAAGGGACGCAAGCUCAAGAAACUGGACAUGGCUCAGUUGUGGACGACACGCGUCGAAGCCGGCUGCCAACAAUACGGAGUCGCUUUGGAUACGUUCAAGGAGGGAUUAGCACGCUCAGAUAUUCUGCUCAACAAAAAAAUGCUAUCGGACUUGGCGAUUUGGGAGCCCCGAUCUUUUGAGGCUUUGGUUAACAUUUCACGGGAACGUGCUGCUGUGGAGGGAUUGCCGGAUAUUAAACGAAGAUCGGCCUUCAAUCAGGUCUACGGAUUGAGCAAUUUAAAGCUAGAUUAGUUUAAGUGUUGUUUAUACAUUGUACAAAUAUAGUUUUAUAUGAUUCCCUAUAC